AUGGCUUCAAAAAAAUGUGUGACACGGGUUUUUUUACCGAUCACUGGCAAAGAGUGGGAUUUAAUGUUUGGUUCAAUCCUCUGGUCUUUUUGGCCACGGAGGAACAAUUUCAUUUUUGUCUCUGAUUUCAUAGAUACCGAAGGCAUCUUCCAGUGUGGGAAGCGUCUUUGUGAUGAAUCUGCUCGUGCUCCUGAGGUCAUGUAUGGAGGCACAGCGACGUGUGGAGGGGCCAUACGUGACUCAAGUGGUGGAUGGAUUAUGGGGUUUUCGAAGGCGUUAGGGAGGUGUUCCGUUCUUGAUGCUGAGCUGUGGAGUGUUUACGAGGGGCUGUCCGUUUCAUGGGAUUUGGAUACUAAAGCUGCGGUGGUAGAAACCGAUAUUUGUGAAGUCUAUGACUUUCUUUGUCAAGGCAAAGCAAUGGAAGGGAACUAUAAUUUGAUCCCUCACUUGGUCGAGAUAAUAGACCAACACUGA